CCCGUCCCAGAGCAGCAAACUUCUAGUGUCGCACUAACUGCUGCUGAAGCGAGCGUAUACUUUCACCUCGGACUGCACCUACUCAGGUAAAGUGUUCCUGUACCAAGCGUUGCUGAAACAUGGCAGCUCCCAAGGUACAACUUAGCAGCUCUACCCCUGCGAGCGACAAGCGUGCCACUCAGAAGAGCACAACUACAGCAAAGAUGGGCAUCCCGGGCUCUGCUACCUCCAGAGGGACGACAGAUGCCGCAAGACCUGCGGACAGGUCCUCCUCAGCCAGGACCUCCCCGGCACAAAGGGGUGCCCGUGGCCCUGCCAGAGGGCAAGUAGCCAGGAGCACUGAAACAAGAGGGUCUGGGAAAGGUCCACUGGGCAAAGAUGCUGGAGAAUCACCCAAGAAAUCUGCCUCAAAGACCGCUGUCCCCACCAGCAAUGGAGCCCGCAGUGCAGCAGCCCAGGGUGACAGUACUGAGCAAGUCCCUAGGAAGAGCGCAAACCCAAAGACACCCCCCAUCCCCACGCACACCGGAAGCUCUUCCAGCCCGCCGUCAGGACCCCCACCUGAUCAGGCACUGGCUGACAAGAUGGGCCAACUCAAAGUGGCAUGUGUAGAAGAAGAGACGCGGGGCCAGAGGGAGAACCCACUCUGGUUUCAGUGGCGUCAGAACCGCAUCACGGCGUCCGUCACCCACCGUAUUGCCAACUGCCGCUUUGUGAAUGGGCGCAGCAGCGAACCGCCACGUUCCUACCUCCAAAUGGUGACGGGCUCUGGCUCGGGGGUCCGAACACGCGCCAUGAGCUGGGGCAUCGAAAAGGAGCGCAUUGCCGUGGAGACUUACCGAAAGAAGAAGAGCAGGGCACUAGGCCGGGAGGUCAGUGUGCGCGACUGUGGCCUCUUUAUCGAUCCCUACCGCACCUGGCUGGCUGCGAGUCCCGACGGAAUUGUAUUGGAUUCAGAAACCGGGGAGGAGCUGGCCUGCCUGGAGGUCAAGUGCCCGUACAAACACCGGGACCACACGGCGAGCCAAGCCUGCCAAGACCCCGACUUCUGUCUGAGACAGGAUGGCGAAGGUUAUCGCCUGAAAACAAACCACAGCUAUUACACACAGGUUCAGUGCCAAAUGGCUGUGGUGGGGCUGCACACCGCCGAUUUUGUGGUGUACACUCCCCGUGAGACGGUCAUCGUUCCCGUGGAAUUCGAUCCCGUUUUCUGGAGAGAGACUGUGGCCAAGCUGGAGAUGUUCUACACUGACGCAGUGAUUCCACAACUGCAGAAGAAUGAACUUCUUGUGGCAGUCCGAGAGGAGUAACUGGGGGACCCAUCCUUUGGCAGCAGCUAGCUUAGCAUUGCGGAGGAGUGGGUGCUUAAAUACGUUUCUCAAAUUACUUCUGUGUUCAGGCUCGUCACCCCAACAACACCGAUAGCAAAUCGGCACUGGAGCAGAAACCGUGCCAGGAGCAGGAGCCUCCUGCACAAACCUGGGUACAGGUGACGGAGUGGAGCAGGGAAAAAUGCUGCACUAGGCAUUUAGACAAUCUAAUCUAACACGGAUAAAUUCAAAUAUUAACUGGGUAAAACUGCAUGUGAAAAGAACUCACUUUGCAAAGACGAGUCACCAUUGUGUUCUAAUGGUGCCUGCAUCUUGUGGGACAAGUCUUAAGAAUGAAAUGACUAGCCAAACAAGACCAAAUCUUCUCCAUUUCCCAAGGGCAUGUUACAAUCACAAGGUUGAUGUACAAGUGAUCUAUCUGAAAACCAAUAGAGUUACAUCUGACAUUCUCUGAUAGGACAGCUCUAAUGCAAGUGGGCCCAACAAAGUCAAGGACAUUUGCAAGAAAAAAGUGGCCAGGAUCACUGCAGGUGAGCGUCUCCAACUUGACAUAUGUCUGCAGUGAAGCAGCUACCCCUGGCAAGCAGCAGACGUAGAGAAUCUCGAACCCGGGCAGACCCAUGACACUUCAAGGCUGUAGUUUGUGUUUGCCUGGGAGUGCCUUCUGCGGUCAUUCAGCCUAAAUAUGACCAUAAUGUCUAUGUCAUCUUUCAAAGAAAUGUGCUCAAGAAAUAAAAUGUAUGAAUUCUA